AUGCCGCAAUAUAGAGACUGCGUUAAGCUUUAUCAAGGGAUAUCCCAUCAUACCUACAAAUCGAGGGAUUUGGCGCAAGCACUCAAUGAAGACAACACGGCUCGCACAAUGGAGACGCUAACCAUGGGAUGUCCACCCGCCAGCCACAUUCCUCAUCUGGAUCUCCUCGAUUUUCCUCUCAGCACCGAAUCCUCGUUACCUACAUCCUUCGACGAAGACUACAUGAAAACUGGAAGAAAGACAGUAGCCUUUGACAAACAGUUUCAGUCAUGA